GUUUUUUUUAGUCAUUUACUGCUUCAGCAUGAACUGGAUAGUGAUUUUCUGUGUACUUUGCGGGUUGUGUUCUCAAAAUCUCGCGGGAGAGCCGUCAUGUGGAACAUGAUGGAGAUCGUGCAAUGGAAAAUCCAGAUCUUUUUGAAGGUGAUAUAUUAGGUUUUACAUCUGAAGACAGAAAUGCUGUUACAGGCAGACGAAGAUUAUGGCCUGAUGGGAAAAUCCCUUAUGUAAUUGAUCCUGCUUUAAAAUCAAGGGAGAGUAAAAUGAAAGAAGCUAUGCAGCACUAUGCGAAUAAAACAUGCAUACGGUUCGUGCCGAGGACAAAUGAAACAAAUUAUGUCAACUUUUUUCCUGGAAGAGGAUGCUACUCCCACGUUGGAAAAACAAUAGGAGGCCAACCACUCUCCUUGAGCGCUGGCUGCUUCAAUUUCGGGAUCCUUGUCCACGAAAUGGGCCAUGCUGUUGGGUUCUACCACGAGCACUCUCGUUCGGAUAGAGAUGACUACAUAGACAUACAUUACGACAACAUUCAGACAGGAAUGGAGGAUCAGUUUACUAAACUGCGUCCAAGUCAAAAUAUAUUAAUCAAUCGAUUUGACUACGACUCUAUAAUGCUCUACGGAGACACUGUCUUCAGCAAGAACCAUUUGACUCUGAAGACUAUGACAGCCAAAGAUGGAAGACAGCUGAAAGAUGUGACCAAGAAAUCAGGACUGAGCGAGAGCGACAUCAAAAGAAUCAAAAUCCUGUAUGAUUGCUAAAUAACUUUUCAAAUGUAACAUAA